AUGAGCUUUCGCAUAGACCCUGACGUCUUUGAGGCAAAUUGGCAUUCAGCAUAAUAUCAUAACGAGUAUUUUGGAAGUACUUAUGUUAGAAGUGAUGAUUAGAUCACAAUCCUUAUGAGAUUUAAUUCCUAUAAACUUGGCAGAUUGACAGACAUUGAGGGUAUUUUUGCUAAUAUAUAAGGUAAUGCCUGUCCGAAAGUACAAUGA